AUGGAACGAAAGGACUCAGAAGCGUCAACUACGAGUUUGACUGAGCCCAUUGUUCCGCGGGGCGCUUCCCGUGAACAAGCUACCUCAGGGUUGUCAUCUGAGACGGCACCGAUAAGCGCGCUAGAGAUCGCCAGCGAGAUGGAGACAACCAUCAAGGGACUUCUGGCAAAGCUGGACAAGUCAGAUGCUGAUCUGAACCACCAGUUCCAGGUGAUUGAGAGUGGUCUGGCCAGUCUGAAAGCAAAGGUCGAGAGGUGA